AUGAGCAUGCGCACAUCGAUUGAUAAGGGCGCUUGCGCGCGCAGCACGCCUCGGGGUAGCUGCAGCCGGCCCGUGUCGGUGCGCACCGUGCAAAUCGCCGAGACCAUGCUGCCCACACGCCACGGCAACUUCCGCCUCCGCGGCUACAAGCACUCGACCGACGGUGGCAAGAAUUUUGUCGAGCCCACCGCCAUCAUCUGCGGCCAGGUCGAAGGCAAGGAGGACGUCGCCCUGCGCGUGCACGACGCGUGCUUCACCUCCGAGGUCCUGGGCUCCCUCAAGUGCGACUGCGCCGAGCAGCUGCAGAUGUCAAUGGAAUACAUCCACGCCAACGCCCCCGGCAUCGUGAUCUACCUCUGGCAGGAGGGCCGCGGCAUUGGCCUGGCCAACAAGAUCGCGGCCUACAAGCUGCAGGAGCAGGGGCUUGACACCGUCGACGCCAACCGCGCCCUCGGCCUGCCCGACGACAGCCGCGAGUACACCAGCGUGCGCAACAUCCUGGCGGAGCUGGGCGUCAAGAGCGUGCGGCUGAUGACCAACAACCCCCGCAAGAUCAGCGAGCUGACUCAGCUGGGCGUCAACGUGACUGGCCGCCUGCCCUGCCAGAUCCAGGCCGGCACCUACAACAAGGGCUACCUUGAGGCCAAGACCAAGCGCAUGGACCACCUCAUUGACAGCCAGUAUUACUCUCUUGAUGAGGCGGACAAGGCCAUGUGA